CGAAGGUCGAAAGCGAGGCUUCGCUGCCAUCAGCUCCCGGUUGCCGGCGGGUCGGAGGUUCGAGCCCCGGGGAGGGAAGAGAGCCGAAAACAAGGAUAGCUCACCUUUAAACCCAGUGCCCUUCCUCGCCUGCCCACCUUUGCUCUCCAGACAGACAUUCAGCGGGCAAUCCUUUUUCUCUCUGUCUCCCCCUCCCUCUCCUAACCCCCACCUCCCUUCCCCUUCCCCCCAACCCAUCUUCCCCUUUAUUCUCCUUCUUCACCCCACCUCCCCCAACAAUUGAUGGAUCGACUCCUGUGAAGAGCCGAAAAGGACAAUCCUGGAUUCUCGAGUCAACCACAACACACAAACACACUCAAAAAAACACAAACCGAGGAUUGCUCAUUUUUAAGGAAAAAUAUUGCUCUCUUUGUAAUUUAAUUUGGUAACUGUUUUCCCGGUUGGAAGGCUGGACCCUUAUAAGAACAAUCGUCCCACGAUGUGCUGCCUAACAUCUACCGCAGGAAACUUGUAAAUGGAUUUUGUUGAGCGCGGGAUGAUGGCUCAUGGAAUUCCUUCGCAGGGAAAAAUUACCAUCACGGUGGACGAGUACAGCUCCAACCCGACUCAAGCUUUCACUCACUACAACAUUAACCAGAGUCGCUUCCAGCCACCCCACGUGCAUAUGGUUGACCCUGUCCCAUAUGACACUCCGAAACCAGCAGGCCACACACGAUUUGUCUGCGUCUCAGACACACACUCCCGAACAGAUGGCAUUCAGAUGCCGUAUGGGGACAUACUGCUUCACACGGGUGAUUUUACAGAGCUGGGACUCCCCACGGAGGUUAAGAAGUUCAACGAUUGGUUAGGAAGCCUUCCCUAUGAAUAUAAAAUAGUCAUCGCUGGAAACCAUGAACUGACGUUUGAUAAGGACUUCGUUGCUGAGCUGGUGAAGCAGGACUACUACCGCUUCCCAUCUGUCUCCAAGUUGAAACCCGAGGACUUUGAUAAUGUCCAGUCACUCCUGACCAAUUGUAUUUAUGUGCAAGACUCGGAGGUAACGGUGAAAGGAUUUCAAAUAUACGGCACACCGUGGACACCGUGGUUUAAUGGCUGGGGCUUCAACUUGCCCAGAGGCCAGUCUCUGUUGGACAAAUGGAAUCUAAUUCCAGAGGGAAUCGAUAUUCUCAUGACACAUGGACCACCAUUGGGUUUUCGAGACUGGGUUCCCAAAGAGUUACAGAGAGUUGGCUGUGUCGAGCUCUUAAACACAGUGCAGAGGCGAGUACGGCCAAAACUACACGUCUUUGGAGGAAUCCACGAGGGGUUGAGUCUUUGGAAUUCCCUUCUUCAAAAGACAAUGGAUGCAGAAUCUUUAAAUAUUUUUAAGGCAGAGGUUACGGUAUUAUGACAGAUGGCUACACAACAUACAUAAACGCCUCCACUUGCACAGUCAGCUUCCAGCCAAUAAAUCCGCCAAUUAUCUUUGACCUUCCGAACCCACAAGGCUCCUGAGAACUGCUCCUCACACUAAAAUGGAGGUUCUAUAAACUGCCAUUUUUUUUUCUAAUGGAAAGCGUGACUUUAAAAGAAAAAUAAUAAUUCUGUUUAAAUGUUUUCUCUUGUAUGACCUGGUUCUCUUUUUUUUUGUAAAAAUGCUGGUACAAAUCGUAGCGAUUGUGCUGUUAAUACAGAUUGGUUCUCAUAAGAUUAAUGAAGCUUUGUGACUUUGUAAGAGCUGAACUAUGAUAUUUUGUUUGCAUCUGCUGGUUAAACUGUUAAAGAAAUAAUCGCAGUCAUUGAGUGUCAGCUUUUUGGUUUCAGUUCAGUUCAGAUUUCUUGGUGUUGGAGGUUUCUGAAGAGGCCAACGUCAACAAAAUUUUGAGAUGAAAGUGGACAAUUGUAACCAAAUGAAUUCCUUCUGAAACUCCCCCUCCACAUGUCCCUACUGAUCUGUGCCCCUUCAACAAGUACUGCCAAGCACCCAUGUCAUGGCCAGUACUAAACUAAUGGAGGAAGGAAUUUUAGACGGAUCAACCCUCACGAAGCUUUGGAAUCAUCUACAGAUUAAUGCCACCAGUUUCUCUCGGCCCUCAGUCAAGCCUACCAAUUUUCUAUUCCCUGUAUUCCAUUUCUAAAAGUAAGAAAGCCCAUAAUCUAAAUACUUUAAUGAAGCUAAAGGUGUCCAUUUAAUGUGCAUGCUUUUGCACAAAGAGUUUGCUUUAAUGUUUUAGCUGUAUAAUGUCAUUCCUGGUUAAAGACUUGGCUAGAUACAGAAACUGUUCCUAUUUACCAAUGGACCAGAUCGUAGAACACUUAAUUUGCUGAAUUGACGCCAUUCAAUAACCCUGUGAAUUGGACCAUUGGUUAUCCCCUUAUGAGGCUGCUAUAUUCCCUGCAUGCCGAGUUCUUGUUCUGUGAAGGGCUUUCUGUUUGGUUCAUGAGCACAAGCAAGUCAUUUCCCAGUGUGAAAUGAAUCUGAAAAAUCAGAGGGUGAUUUGUGACCCUUGUACCUAAAUGAGAUGUUUGUAGUUAGGAUUUGUAAGUGGAUGGAUUAGACCAAGUGGCAUGGGAAUGUUGAUAAGGAGGGAGUAAAGUUACUUUAAUUGAUCUUCUAUACUCUCUAUUGUAACAGACAAGAAUGAUAAAUGACCAUUAGGCCCAUGAAACCUAUCCUUACCCAACCAACUGCCUAAACCAUUGUCUCAAAUUGUUUACCCAUAAUCCUCACUUUCUUCUGACAGAUGGGAGUUACACAAAAUGAUUUGAAUGAUCUGCCAAUAUCUUGCAACUGUUCCAAAGAGGAAUGGAUCUUACCAAGGACUACGUGCCAAACUAUUAGUUCUCGUAUUUUUUUAUAUACUAUCUGUAACCAAGUGAGGUUCAACCUCAUCAUCAAAACAAGGAUGCACUACCUCUUUAAGGAGGUUACUUCACCUUCCUAGGCUGUGUCAUUAUUUCUCAGGAAUUUUGUUCUAUGAUCAGUUUGAGUCCCAAUCCCUUCAGCCUGAUUUCAAUAUGGGCCAUCCUCGCAUGGAGACUCACCAACCCAUAUAUCAGAAGGUCACAAACGUGCUCCCUGGGACAAGUCUGGAAUAUCCACUUUGAGACACCAUCAGAGUUUGGUGAAAUCAAACACUUUUGUUUUAAUUUGGUGAACUAUUUGCUUGCAAUUGUCUCGAAAGUUACCACUUGUAUGUUCCUUCGCUCUUAUGUUGGGUAUUAUGUUGUGUGCAGCAAUUUGUAUGAUGAAGAUCCUACAGCACCACUCCAAGAAGUGUUUAGAUGUUCUCUUUGUGCUUUCCUGACCCAUAUCCCUCAGUAAUCAAUUCCUCGCAUAGUUUGACAGUCAUUCAAAGCACAGAAACAGGUCAGUAUUGGCAUCAGUUCCGUGUCAGUAUUUAUCCUCCACACAAGGCUCCUUUCAACUUUCUUCAUCUGAUACCCUCAAUUUAUUCUCUAUUCUGUCUCCCUCAUUGUUUACUUCUCCCUUGUAGCUUCCCCUUAAUUGCAUCUAUGCUUUUUGCCUCUACUCCUUGUGAUGGUGAGUUCCAUAUUCUUAUUCUGAGUGAAGAGGUUUCUCCUGAAUUAUGUAUUGCUUCUAUUGGUGACUGCAUUGUAUGCAUGAUCACUUGUUAUGGUCUUGCUCCAAGGCCAGAAUAUUUUCUCCAUAUCUACCUCACUAAUGUUUCUCAUAGUCAUAAGGAGCUGUACCACGUCACUUCUUCAGUCUUCUCUUCUUUAAUUUCAAUCUUUCCUGAUAGCUACAAGCUCUUAGUUUGAGCAGUGUUCCAGUAAAAUCUACUUUGCCAAUUCUCCAGUACUCCUAUAUCCUUCAUACAAUAUACAGCCCAGAAUACAGAGUCAUUGAGAUCCACAACGCGGGAAAAGGCCCUUUAGUCCAUCAUGUCCACAUUGGUCAAAACUAACCAGCUAAUGGUUUUAAUUGCAUUUUCCAGUCCUUGACCCAUAGCUUUGUGUGCCUUGGUAUCACAAGCCACUACCGUGCUUGUAGACAAUGAGUUCCCAUCACUCUGAGAGAAAAAAGUUUCCUCACAUCUUCAAACCUUCUGCCUAAAUUCAAGUGCUCCAAGUCUGUGCUAAGAAAAGUUAUAUCCAAGUUUAACAUAACUUCUCUGCUUUAAUUCUAUCACUUAGAGCUCCAUUGCUUUGAUUGCAUUUUCCUGGCCUGACUAUCCUGUUCCACUAUUUUUAGUGAUUUGGGUCUCAAUACCCACAGAUUACAGCACUCCAUUUAGAUAGUUAUAGCUCUGUUCAUCUCACAUUCAUGAUCUGUUUAUCAGUGGCAGACCCAUUUUGCAAGUUUGUUAACAUCUUGCCAUGUUUUGUCACAGCCCACUGUAUAUCAAUUAGACCAAAUCAUUAACUUUAGUACCAUUCUCAAAUUGUGAAAUUUGAAACAGGAAUCACUUGUCCAGGAGUAGAUGUGGGCUGUAGGGAGGAUCAGACGCCGUCAGAGGAGCUGUGUCCAGAAGCAAAUCGCUUAGGCACACUUCAUCGGGAGGAAGAAUUUUGAUUGAGAAACCCAAAGUUCUGGGAAGUCAGCUAAAAUGGCCAGUCUGACCCUGGGGAGGAAUCCGGAUAUGUGCUCACCUUUCUAUUUGAACCCCAGUGUUGCUCUGAAGUGCAGUCAAAGGAAGUCAUUUUACCAUUAAAUACCCGUUUUCGGAUGCAUGCAUCAAGCCAUAUUUUCUUUCAGCACUGUAAGGACCAUCAAAUGGGACAGAAGUGAGUGGAGGAAUGUUCUGUCAGUGUGCAGGGACAAUCAGGAAAUAUUCCCAUCAUUCCUGAGCUACAGUGACAAGCUGAGCAUCUGGGAAGGAAUAGUUUUAAUUGGAUUCAACAUUAUCCUCCAUGUUUCAGUCAAACUGGUAACUUCUGUUCAGGAACAAGUAUAAAUGACAACAUUAUGCUUACAUCUCUGAUUCUCAUAGGACUUAACCAAAUGCUUCAGAAAUUCUCUCACUGACCAAUGGAUUCUGGCAAGCUGCCGUUCCAGAUAUUGGGAAACACAUAUGAGUAGCUUGUUAAUGAGAAAAGCAAAUGACGGACCGGUCAACCGGUAAUAUUGAUUUGUGAUGACAUAAUGCCGACACUGAUUCCUCCUUAAUGUGAUUGCAGAAUUGUGUGCUUCAGGUUCCAUCUUGUUUAAUCAAAAGCUGCGUCCAGAUUUUCCUGUGCAAUUGUAAGGAGAGACCUUGUUUGUACAUCGAUUGAAAAUGGAGAAAAUCAUUUGUUUAAUUACCCAAGAAAUGUCAUUAGGUCAUAGAAAUCACUUGUUUAAGUACCCAAGAAACAUCAUUAGGUCAUAAAGUCCCUGGAGCCUGCUCUACAAAUCAAUGAGAUUGUGGCUUCACAUUUACAUCAACUUUAUUAGCCUGCAUCUUGCACCAUUUCCCUUGAUUCCCUCAGCUCCCAACUCAAUCUUGAGUACGUUUAAUGACAACGCAUUAACAGCAUACUGACGUAGAGAAUUCCCAACAUUCACAGUCCCUGAAUGAAGAUGCUUUUCCCAUUCUCACUCUCAGGUUAAGGGUUCAGCCAUUUAGGACUUCAGAGUUCUACACUCCAAAGCUAAAGGAAUACCUCUCCACAUCAACCCUUUAAACUCACUAAGAAUUUUAUGUUUCAAUGAAAUCACCUCCUGUGCUUCUGGAUGCUGGGAAAAAUGUAUUCAUAUUCUGCACAGCCUUCUCAUUCCAGAACUCAACCCUAUGUUUCACCUGUUAGGAGACAAGUGUGUGCUUCAUCAGGAACAAGGACUAAAAUUGUCCUCCACACUACAGCUUUGCUCCCAGUAAUAGGCCAUUUGGCAUCUGUGGUUCCAUGAAUGGAGCCUAUCCCGUACAAAAGAAUUACAUUACCGAUUCAUAAGGAAAUAACCACCUGCAGGGAACACAAACAGAAGGUUGCUGGAAAAACUCGGCAGGUCUGGCAGCAU